AUGAAACCUCCAGCCUCGGCGACCAAGGAGACCGCCUUCUUGUUAUCUUACCUCCAGAACCCAUCUACCACGCAAGAAUCGGCCAUCGACGCGUUGGUAGAGUACAUCAUGGCCAGGAGGAGGAAAGGAUGGAGUAUCUACGAGGUCACGUUGGGGUUGAUUGAAAUCAUGCAAAAGGUCCCGCAAACACUGGACGAAACGUUCGACACCGCCCGCACCAGGACCUUUCUCCCUCAUCACACCGACCUCACCCCACCAUCUACUUCGAGCACAUCCGUUCGUUCCCGUUCAACGAGCAAGAACAUGCUCGCCGUCUCUCAGACCCUUCAACGGUUCUCUGUCGGUGACGUCGGGGUCGGACAGGUCAGGGAGGUUCUCGUCGAAUGGGCGUGGGGGCUCGAACAGAAGCUCAGCGAGGGCGAAGGGGAAGGAUCCGGGUCAUCGUCGUCGGAUAACAAGGGGAAGGGAGCCAUAGGAUCGGCAGGGUUUCAAGAGAUCGCCGCUUCCUUCGAUCAGCUCGUCAGCGCCCACUUGCCUCCACCCGUACCGCCCUCGCUCUCGGCCGUCCUCCUUAGCGUCCGGAUGUCAUUAGGGUACCUCACCCUCUCCGAACUCUCUUGCCAACUGUCCACCCUCCUCGCUCUGAGAGAAGGAGAAGAAUGUCUACGUAUCUGGGUGGCAAGGCGGAUCCAAGGUGAUGGGCGGUAUAGGAUAGGAGAGACGCUCGAUGGCUUGGUCAAGGAGACCGAGAGGACGAGGCCGGCGCUGAGAGGGGUGGUCAGGAUGGUCAAGGACAAGUUCAUGUUGCCUGUCGGAGAGGAAGCGGCGAGGUGGAAGGUGCCGUUGCCGGUGCCGGGAAAAGGCAAGGUGAUACUUCUGCUCAAGGAACAAGCGCAGUCGCAAUCACAGGCAGCGGCGUCAUCGUCGUCAACAGCAUUAUCGGGAUACGCGUUCGAGAUGCUGUCAGAAUACAUCGUCAGGGAGAAACGGGACUAUAUGCGGCUGGAAAAGUGGACCAAGUCGGGCAAGAAACAGCUCUCAAGGGAUGUAGAUGAGAUCGAGGACAAGCUGUGUUUGCCAGGAAAUGGUAACGGUAAGGCUUCCGGGUCGGCAUCGGUAGAGAACACCUCACUAUUGCCCGUCUUCGAUGUCUUACGUCGGAUACACGCGCUCGACCCCGCUGCAUCCAAAGUCUCGUCCACUCGGGAGGGUACAAGCUUUCAACCGAUGGCCAUCCCGGAAUGGACCGAGCCUUACCUCCCACCCACCGUUCAGACGAUCACCUCGGCCCUGUACGUCCACCCUCGACUGUCGACCGCUCGGGCGGUUGAUUGCGUGAUGGAGCUGGUGAAUUACGAAAAGGACCUGAGGACGAUGGAUGUGAGGGGUGCGAUGAGUCGGGAAGAAGAGGCAGGGAGGGCGGAUGGCGAAGGGGGCAGGUCGAGCGAAGACACGGUGUUGACGGCUUUGGUAUGGGGCCCUGUGGAAAAGAGCAAGAUGCGGAGGGUCCUGGAGAGUAUCGAACGGAGAUUCCCCGAAGGAGAGUAUGACGAGGCAUUCGACAUCGUCAGAAGCAAGGUCAACGAAGGUGCCGAUCUCGCCCGCGCGCCAUCGUACACCACCGUCGCUAGCUUUGGGACUGCGCAGAGGACCGAUUCGUACUUUCGAGGCAAUACGCACGUACGAGGGUCGAUGAGUGCGUCGAUCCCGGCGUUGCCCCCGUUGCCGCAAUUAUCUUCACCAAUCUCGGGUAGAGUCACAGGGGAAUUCGAGUCGAGUCCAGGACCAGAACCGUUGAUGGAGGUGCUGGAGCCUGAACCUGGUCCUUCAGAAAGAGCUCCGUAUCGUCGAACCAAUACUACUCCGAAUGAGAGGAUUCCCGGAAUGUUUGGACAGGCCAUGAGGAAGAUGUCCCUGUCGAACCGCGAAUUGAGCACUAUCGCGAGCGGUGGCGAGUCGACCUCGAGUUCGCCUUCCCGAAACAGACCACCCGACUCGCCACCCGCGAUGACGCAUUCGAACAGUCAGGCGAGCGUCGGCACCGAGGGAACACUGGAGGACAUUUACGCCGGUUAUGGCGAGGAUUCGAUUCAGCCUCUCGGCACGAGAAACGAGCUCGAUUCGGCGAAUAACGCGAGAUCUCCUGUUAGCCAACCCGCCAACCCCGUCUGGCCUGCCAAUAUAGCCGACCCUGUUCCUCCGAAGCCUAAGCGAAAGGCUUCAAUCCUCCGUCGACCGGGAUUCUUGGGGGGAUCCAAAGCGGAGAAGGCGCCCGGAAACGAGAAUUCCACAUUCAGUCGAUCAACGGGACGACACCGACCGUCAACGAGUCUCAGUUCAGGAGCGCAAAACAGGUCGGCGGUCGUCGCAGCCAUCAUGACCGGGACCUCGACCCCGCCGAGGACAGUCGCCGAGCAGUCGACGCCUUCGGGAUCCCCUCCGUCGUCGACAUCUUCCCCUGCGGGAUGGAGGGCCGAAUUUAGCAACAUGAACAAUGGGAUGGGAAUGCUGCGGCCAUCGCCCAAGCACAGUACGAGUGCUGGGUCCAACGGUCUUAACAGGAGCGCGACGACAGCUAGGCCUCGAUAA